GUUGCCCGGGGCGUGUGCCUUCCACAGUCCUCCGCAUCUAUUCUCUUUCCCUUUCCCAACCCUCAAAAAAAAUAUCCCUUCAUUUUUCUUACCAUUUUCAAAGAAACUUAAAAAAUGGAUAUUACUACUAACAAAGAAAACCACAUAGAAAUAGAACGAGUUGUUGACGACGUCGAGAAACAGCGAUCCCCGCCGCAAGAGCGGCGGCCCGAUGGCGGCGAUGAGGUGGGGGUCGACUACUCCAAGAGGGCUCAGUGGCUCCGAGCCGCCGUGCUUGGAGCCAACGACGGCCUCCUGUCGACGUCAUCUCUCAUGAUGGGCGUCGGGGCGUUCCGUUCCGAUGUCAAAAUCAUGGUCCUCACUGGAAUAGCCGGAAUGGUCGCCGGAGCCUCCAGCAUGGCCAUCGGAGAGUUCGUGUCGGUCUACUCCCAGUACGACAUAGAGGUGGCCCAGAUGAGGCGAGACGGUCUCAAGAACGGCACGGGCGCCGGCGGCGAUGAGGAGGAAAAGAAGAAGAAGGGCUUGCCGAGUCCGGCAAAGGCGGCGGCGGCGUCCGCCUCGGCUUUCGUGGUGGGAGCGGUGGUGCCGCUGCUGGCGGCGGCGUUCAUAAAGAAGUACACCGUGAGGCUUGGGGUGGUGGUGGGGGCCUCGAGCCUUGCGCUGGUAGGGUUUGGUUUGUUGGGGGCUUAUCUUGGGAGGGCACCCUAUGUGAAGUCUUCUUUAAGGGUUUUGAUUGGAGGGUUAGCCGCCAUGGGAAUCACUUUUGGGAUCUCUAAGCUCGUUGGUACUGCUGGAUUAGCAACCUAAUAAAAUAAGAUCGCCCAAAAUUUCUUUUCACAUCUAACUCUCAAUUAAAAUUUCAUCCAUUUGAAAGUCGAUCUCACGAUGUUUAGUUUAAUUCUGAAAUGAUUCGUAUGGUACUUCCAAUGAUCAUAUAUCCAACUAACUCGUCGCUAUUUUCAUUUGCCGAUAUGUUAUAGUAAGACCUUACGGUA